CUUGGCUCCUGCCACACCCCCUCUACCUCCAUUUUUGGACACCACUUUGUGGGAAGAUUAAACAACACAAGCAAUCAAAGCCUUUGGAAGAAUGAGUAGCUACAAUAUUUCUCUGAGUGGGCCGGCCCCAUGGGGCUUCCGAUUGCAGGGAGGCAAGGACUUCAACAUGCCCCUGACCAUCUCCAGGAUCACCCCAGGGAGUAAGGCACAGCAGGGCAACCUGAUCCAGGGUGACAUCAUCAUGGCCAUCGACGGGGUCAGCACUGAAGGCAUGACCCACCUGGAGGCCCAGAACAAGAUCAAGUCUGCCAGCUUCAACCUGGCCCUCACCAUGCAGAAGUCAAAGCGCCCAUUUCCACUUUCCACAUCCACCCAAAGAAUGGAUUCUCCCAUGCAACAGAUCCCUCACCAGAAGGCUCAAACUACCAAAAUAAAUGGCGGCCUCUCGGCCUGCAAUUCCUCCUCCGUGUCACUAGAGGCGUCUGGCGAGAAAAACUCCUACUCGGGGUCGCCCACCAAGAGGCAAACUCCAAGCCCUGGGGGCAAGACGACCCCCACAAAGAAGGCACAGUAUAACACUCCUAUUGGGCUGUACUCAGCUGAGACCCUGCAAGAGAUGGCUCAGCUCCAGGAGAGCCACAGAGGAAAGGGCUCUGCAGCAGGCCUCUCAGUGGGCAACGAGUAUGUGCCCAACUUCAACCCCAUUGCGCUGAAGGACUCUGCCCUGUCCACCCACAAGCCCAUCGAGGUGAAGGGUCCUGGGGGCAAGGCCACCAUAAUCCAUGCCCAGUACAACACCCCCAUUAGCAUGUACUCCCAGGAUGCCAUCAUGGACGCCAUCGCUGGACAGUCCAAGGGCCACGAGGCCGGUUCGCUCCCAGUAAAAGACGCUCAGGUAGACAGUGCCUCCCCAGUUUAUCAGGCUGUGAUCAAGACUGCAGACAGGGACAUGGAGUUGAAUGACUGGGCCCGCAGCUCCUCCCAGGUGCAGUCCAAGUCCUUCCGCCUCCUCGCCCACAUCACGGGAACGGAGUUCAUGCAAGACCCAGACGUGGAACAUCUGAGGAAAUCAAGGGAAAAGUUUGACACAGAAUUUAAAGGUCCACGUUUUGCCAAAUUGAAAAAUUGGCACAAUGGCCUGUCUGCUCAAAUCCUUAACCUGCCAGAAAAAGCCCUGUCUUGCCUGUAUCGCCUGUCUGUCAGUGUCUUCCUCAUCUACGACAGCUCUCCAGCAGCUUCGCCUACUGCUGCUUACCAGUCUCCAGAGCCCGCCCCCGUAGCCCCUGAACCCACCCCUGAGAGCCUAUAUGGCCAGGCUCCCCCCAUGCAAAAAGCCCCUCCCAUGUACCAGGGGCAAUCCAUGUACCAGGGGCUUUGUAUGCAGAAGGGACCUCCCAUGCAGCAGGGACCUUCCAUGUACCAGGGGCCUGCUAUGCAGCAGGGACCUCCCAUGUACCAAGGGCCUCCAAUGCAGCAGGGACCACCCAUGUACCAGGGGCCCCCCAUGCACCAGGCCCCGCCUAUGCAGCGACAUCCCAUGCAGCAGCCUCCUCCCAUGCAGCAAAGCUCCAUCCAGAUCCCUGUGGGCCCUCCUCCACCCAAGGUGGUCAGCACAGCCUGCAUUGUGCCAGCCCCUGUUCCAACCCCAGCCACAGCCCCGGCCGCCCCUGAACCCCCCUCCAGCAGGCCACCCUGGAUCACGGACAACUCUUUUGCCAACAAGUUUGACCCCAGCAAGAGCACCAGCACCAGCAUGAAAGUGCCUGCUCUACCUCAGAGUGCCCCACCAGCACCGGCCUACAUCCCAAACCCUGGCUCCGCCCACGCCCCUCCCUCUGCCCCAAGCCCUGCCUAUAAUCCCAGCCCCGCCCCCUACAACCCCGCCCCUGCCCCCUUCCCUCCCAUUGCCCGGGGCGUAGCCCAAAGGGCGGAGCGCUUUGCUGCCAACAGCAGCAGAGCACCCCACUGUGGCGCUUGCAACAACAUGAUCCGGGGACCCUUCCUGGUGGCCUUGGGUCGCUCCUGGCACCCAGAAGAGUUCAACUGUCACUACUGCCACACAUCGCUGGCAGACUGCAGCUUUGUGGAGGAGCAGAACGCAGUGUACUGUGAGAACUGCUACGGAGAGUUCUUUGCCCCCACCUGUGCACGCUGCAACACCAAGAUCAUGGGGGAGGUGAUGCAUGCUCUGCGGCAGACAUGGCACACCACCUGCUUUGUGUGUGCUGCCUGUGGCAAGGCCUUUGGAAACAGCCUAUUCCACAUGGAGGACGGGGAGCCUUACUGCGAGAAAGAUUACAUUUCACUCUUCAGCACCAAAUGCCAUGGCUGUGACUUCCCAGUAGAAGCUGGAGACAAGUUCAUUGAAGCACUGGGUCAUACCUGGCACGAUACCUGCUUUGUCUGUGCGGUGUGCCAUGUGAACCUGGAGGGCCAGCCCUUCUACUCCAAGAAGGACAAGCCCCUGUGCAAGAAGCACGCUCACGCCAUCAAUGUGUAAAUUCUCCAUCUGCAGCCUUAUGGGGUGGUGGGCAGGUACUUACGUAUCUAUGCCCAAGCCUUGGCAAUGAGCCCUGUAGAGGGGGCAUUGAUCCCAGUGUAAAUUAUGAAAAACACAAGGUGAAGAUGAUAGCGACAAGAUUGACCGUCAGUCGUGACAAAAUAUUAGUUAGGUUUGUAUUUAUUAAUUUCACUGACAAAUGAAUUCUAAUGUAUAUUUUAUAUCAGAGAAUUCUUAUGUAAACCCUUUGCUAUUCCACUGAGUUCCUAGAGGGCCUCAAUCCAGGGAGGUUGGAGCUACGGCCGACAGACACAUGCAGACUGAGUGGAGUAGCAGGGUUCUUCAGUAAAUAAGAUGCCUUAUUUCACAGCAACACUGUGUGCUUUGUUUUGAAUGUAAAACCCCAAAUAGCAAACCACAAAUAGCUUGCAGUGAUGUAGUAAGAUCGUUGUAGGAUUGUAUACACUAGAUUCAACAUGAUAAUGCCUCACACUGUGAACUGAUACAGUAUAUCAUGACACAUUUAGGCCUACUAAUACUGUUGGAUUUCACAGAGCUAUUAUUAUACAUUAUAGUUUAGUAAGUGAUAUUUAUUGCAACUUUGACAGUUAUAUUAUUUAUUUACAUAGAAUAAAAUGAAAGCAUAACAUCCAUGGAUGUUUAUAUUGCUGAUAAAGCAAAAAAGUUAUAUUGCCUUUUGUUGACAGCUGCAUCAUACAGAGAGGUUCAUAGUAUUAUAUGAAGUACUUCACUCAAACUUUUUCAUCCUGGAUUCAUUUGAUAUCCAGUCAAAAAACAAUACAAAGAUGGCAAUAUGUUACAUUAUGAUACAGUAGUAACAUACAACUUUAGGGAUACAGGUAGAAGAUGAGGAAACUUAUAUUUAUGGGGUAGGGAAGUUAGGAUUUUUGGAAUGUGUCUCAUAAACGUGGAAAUCAAGGAAGUACCCUGGAUCUUUUUACAGCAUGUAAGAGAGGCAAGCACUGGCUUGGGGUCUUAAAAAUACAUUUUACACAGCAAAUGUCUAUGCAUCUCUGUAUGAAGCGCUACAAUUAAACAAGAAUUUAUAGGAAAUAUCUGUCAAGGCCAAAAACAGCCAUUCACAAUAAUUUCACUCUCACUAGCACACACCUUAAAGGUCAGUUGUGACCUUGUGCUUGUGUACAGAUGCUUUACUUUGAGUUUAUUUUA